AUGAGGCUGGCUCCUCGUGCCCAGUUGACCGGCUCCUUCCCAACAAACAAGAGGUGUGAGGUUGACUCCCAACACCCAGACCUCAGGUUGACUCCCAACCGGGCUCAGAGUGUGAGCCUGACUCGCAGCGCCCAGGCUGCAGCCUCCCUCCUUCACACAGCUUGGAAUCAAUGCUGUGACGUCCUGCUGAAGACAAUGGAGAAGGUGUCCAAUAACACAGAUUUAAGCAUAAUGCUUUCAAAACUGUUCGAAGAGUACAUAGACAAAACAAGCAGACCGAAGCCACCACUUGUGGCUCCAUUUGACCACAUGCAAGCAGUGUAUAUUCUGUUAUUGCUUGGAAUCUUUGGCUUCUUCACCUUAGGAGUAAUGCUUAGCUACAUCCGUUCUAAAAAGCUUGAACAUUCACAUGACCCCUACAAUGUGUACAUUGCCACUGACAUUUGGCAUAAGAAGGACAAGGCCGACUUGCAUGCCAAAGUGGCAGAAACCUACAGAUUGUGCUGUGUGUUUGAAAACCCUCUUGCUGUAGAGCAACCUACUAGUCAUAUUCCUGAAGUGAAGCCUUCAUAGCCAAUGGCCAGUUAAUGGGACUGGUGUCAUGCUGGAUCUUCCACAAGCACGAAAGAAAGCUCUUGGAAUGCAUUCACGAAAAGCAAAAGGACAUGAAAACACCAGUCUUUCGGAAG